AUGUCCCUCUCCCCUCCCCUCCCCCCCUUCAACUCCUCCGACCCAAGCGCCACCUUCCUCUCCUCCUCCACGCUCGACUUCCUCCUCAUCGAACUCGUCCCGCUCGCCCACCGCGUCACCACCGACCGCGACUUUGCCUCGCCCUCUACAGCCACAGCCACAAACUCAACAGCAGACGCCCUGCAAUCGCCUCCCCACAGCGCAGCGACGGCCAAAUCAGAGGCUACAUCCGGCACGGUCGUGGGCGACGCAGCGGCGGGAGAUACGCCCAAGAGGAUAGACGACGAGGAACAUCUCGAUGCGGUGCAUUAUAGGCUUGAGGCGCAGGGAUAUCGCGUCGGACAGGGCCUUGUAGAAAGGUACAUGGCAUCCUUACCCAAGAAAGCAUACAUCCAACCUCCACAAGAAAUGGUAGCUAAACAACUCCCGAUACGCUUGGCGCAACACAGAUUCUCUCGCGACAGACCCCGCUUCAACGACACCCUCGACGUAAUCAAGUUCCUCUGCAAGGACCUGUGGUCCCUCGUCUUUGGCAAGAACAUUGACAAUCUCAAGACAAAUCACCGAGGAGUCUACGUCCUCACCGACAACGCCUUCCGCCCAUUCUCGCGCAUGAGUACAGAAACCGGCAGCCAGGCCGUCGUCCGAGCACAGCCUUUCCUAUGGUUCCCCUGCGGCAUCAUUCGCGGCGCAUUAGCUGCUCUGGGUAUCAACGCCACCGUUCAAGCCGAAGUCAAUGAGCUACCGGGAGCCAUAUUUCAGAUCAAAACCAUCCCCGCCAAGCCCUAG